UACAAAGCCGCUGCCGCCGCCGCCCCGCACCACGCUUUAAACCCCUCCCCCCCUCCCCCUCUCCUCCCCCCCGCCGCCGCUCCCCAGAUCCGCUGCCAUGUCGACGGAGAAGAAGCAGCUGAACCCCAUGCGGGACAUCAAGGUGCAGAAGCUCGUCCUCAACAUCUCCGUCGGCGAGAGCGGAGAUCGCCUCACCCGCGCCUCCAAGGUGCUGGAGCAGCUGAGCGGACAGUCACCUGUGUUCUCCAAGGCGAGGUACACUGUCAGGUCGUUCGGUAUCAGGCGUAAUGAGAAGAUUGCGUGCUACGUGACUAUCAGGGGUGAGAAGGCGAUGCAGCUGCUGGAGAGUGGCCUGAAGGUGAAGGAGUACGAGCUGCUCAGGAGGAACUUCAGCGACACCGGCUGCUUUGGCUUCGGUAUCCAGGAGCACAUCGAUCUCGGCAUGAAGUAUGAUCCAUCUACCGGCAUCUACGGUAUGGACUUCUUCGUGGUGCUCGAGCGUGCUGGGUACCGCGUCUCCCGCCGCCGCAGGUGCAAGGCCCGUGUCGGUAUCCACCAGAGGGUCACCAAGGAGGACGCCAUGAAGUGGUUCCAGGUCAAGUAUGAGGGUGUCAUCCUCAACAAGUCCCAUGCGAGCUAAGAAGGACGUAGCUCUCUUUAGACCUUGAGUUAAUUAAGUUCACCUGGUUGCUGGAUAUGUAUGUUACCUAGAAACCAAAAAUGCUUUGUCAGUUUUGCCUGUACUCAAGCUGGAUGAUUUCUGUUUGAUGCGCACUUUCGUCUAAGAGGCUCUCUUCUGUUUUAUCCUCUCUGAACAAUAGAGUAUAUGUUUGUCUUAUGAUAGACUGCCUUUUGUAUGGCCA